GUGUGGUUUAAAAAUAGACGUGCAAAAUGCAGGCAACAAUUGCAACAAAACCAGCAGCAGCGUCAGCAACAGCAACAGCAGCAACAGGGGAGACAGAAUAGAAAUCAGCAGCAACAACAGCAGAAUGAGGUGGCUCAGGUAGCUCGCUCAGCAGAGGGUAGCGAACCCUCCAAGGGUAUCAUCUCCGGUGGUGCAUCAUCAGCCAGCCCCGGUGGUGGCACCUCCUCCUGUUGCCGCGGCCGUGGUGCCUCCGCCGGUGGUGGCCCCGCAGGUCCCCCUCAUCCCGCUACCCGCCGCCUCUGCCUCUCCGCCAGUCGUCGCGACGCCCUCGCCUCCGGUGACCCCGGGUCCGGUUCCUUCGCCUAUCAACAGGACUACAACGCAUACGGCUGGCAUAACGGUCACAACGGCCAACAUACCGCCUCCCCCCAUCACCACCAUUACUACGGGGCACAGAACUACAACCAUCCCGGAACCGCCGCUGCCGCCGCCGCCGCCUAUUACCCAGUAGAAUAUUUCAACCAUCAAGCGGCCGCCGCCGCUGCCGUUGCUCAGCAACCGCAAAACCACGUCGCCCCCGCCGGAUACCACCACCAGAUGGCCGGAUACGCCGCCCCCGCCGGAUACCACCACCAUCAGAACUUCCAAGCGCGCCACGCUCAAGAUUAUAACCAGAUGGUUUAA